AUGGAUGAGAUGAAAAUUAGAGAGCAUUUCUCCUCUUCUUCACGUCUAGAUUUCCUCUUUCCCUUCCUCCGAACUCUCAGUUUUAGGGUAACGCGAUUUUGGUUUGAAUUAACCUAUUUCAUCAUCCUUUCCUUAUUAGGUUUCUUGGCUUUGAACGUUUCAUCAUUUAGAACUCUACCAUCAUUUAGGCCUAAAAACCUGGAUUUAUUUUUCACUUCUGUUUCUUCUAUAACAGUUUCCAGCAUGGCCACUGUUGAAAUGGAAGUUUUUUCAGAUAUCCAACUUGUUUUCAUUACCAUAUUGAUGUUUCUUGGUGGCGAAGUGUUUAUUUCUUUUCUUGGACUCCAACUCAUGAAGUACUUCAAUGAUAUUGACAAUAAAGAAAGUAUUUUAGUACAAAACAAAGUUGACUUUGACUCUUCAAAUUACUCUAUUCAUCAACUUGAGCUUGGGAUGGUAACUAUUGAUCACCACCUAAGAGAUCAUGAAAAUUUUGAUGUUAAAUUAGGACCUACUUUCAAGUUGAAGUGUAUAAGAUUCUUGGGUUAUGUGGUUCUUGGUUAUAUUCUAGUUGUUGUUUUUCUUGGUUAUUCCUUAGUUUCUAUGUACAUGAGUUUUAGUCCAAGUGCACCACAUAUCCUCAAUGAAAAAGGGCUUAAUUUUCGUACUUUUUCCCUUUUCACCACUGUUUCAACUUUUGCAAAUUGUGGAUUUGCCCCUACCAAUGAGAACAUGAUUAUUUUCAAGAAAAAUUCAGGUUUUCUUCUCAUUCUAAUCCCUCAAAUCCUACUUGGCAACACAUUGUAUCCUCCUUUCUUGCGCUUAACCAUUUGGUUUCUUUGGAAAAUCACAAAGAGAGAAGAGUUUAACCAUAUUCUAAAAGACUCAAAAAGAUUAGGAUAUUCCCAACUAUUUCCAAGUUAUGAAACCAUUUCUCUUGUAAUUACUGUUUUGGGAUUCAUAUUUGUUCAAUUUAUAGUAUUUUGUUCAUUGGAGUGGUACUCUGAAGCCACUUAUGGUUUAAGUGCUAAAGAGAAGUUGGUUGGAUCAUUAUUUGAAGUUGUGAAUUCAAGGCAUGCUGGUGAAUCUGUUUUUGAUCUUUCAACUCUCUCUCCAGCAAUAUUGUUAGUGUUCAUCUUAAUGAUGUAUCUUUCACCCUAUGGUUGUUUUUUGCCAGUUGAUAGUUGUCAAGGAAGCUGGAAAAUUACCAAACGAAUAAACAGAAGAAAAGGGAGCAACUUAGUGGAGAUCAUAAUGUUUUCACAGCUUUCUUACGUGGUCAUUUUUACCAUCCUUAUUUGUAUCACAGAAAGAGACAAAAUGAAGAAUGAUCCUCUCAAUUUCAGUGUUCUCAACAUUGUCUUCGAAGUUGUCAGUGCAUAUGGGAAUGUUGGGCUCUCAAUGGGCUACAGCUGUGCAAGGCAAGUAAAACCAAAUGGCCAUUGCAAGGAUGCAAUGUAUGGAUUUGCUGGAAGAUGGAGUGGCACAGGAAAGUUUAUUCUGAUUGUUGUCAUGUUUAUGGGAAAGCUCAAGAAGUACAAUAAAAGAGGUGGCAAGGCUUGGAAACUGUUGUAACUUUUUCUGCUGAGUCUAACUAUAUGUAAAAAUGUGUCUUUUUUUUUUUU